AUGGCUAGCCCGCUUCGCGUUCUCGAUGUUCAAGAGAGGGAGGCAGGUGCACCGCAGCCACCCAGCUUUCCAACGGCCCAGACUUCUGCGUCAGGCUUCCCACAGCCUAAGAAACGGAGCCGCUUCAGCUCGAAGCUCAAGCAGCAACGCGAGACAGCUGCGGCCCCGGCUGCACAGGCCACGACAACAAAUCAGUCAUCCUUCGUGAAUACGUCUGAUGACCGGGUCAGGAUCGAUCGCGAGAACCGUGAGCGCCUGCGGGACAUGGGCGCCAGCGAAAUAGCAGAGGCUCGGGAGGAACUGCUGAGCAACCUCGACCCGGCUCUUCUGCAGAUCCUCCUGCGUCGCGCUAAUCUCGACGAGGGAAACGAAUCACUUCCGACCGAGCAUGACCAGACACCGAAACCGGCCCCUGUAUCUCCUAUCCCGCCUAUACGAAUAGGACCCGUGAGCCAGACACCGCAUCAGAAGAAUGCAGCCUUGGAGGAGACGAGGACGUUACCGAAAAAGUCGGUCUCCUUUGCAGAACCAGAGAGCAAAGAUCGCGACGUCAGCACGAAGGAUAACGACGCAAUACUUGAGGAUGCUCACUCCCAAGCGGACCUCUUUCCCAUCUCGACUCCAGAGGCUGCUAUCGCUUCUACGGGCGCCGCUGAACACGACCACCACGUUCAUUCGGACUCUUCCACCUCCAUGCAUUUCCCCCACAAGCCGUCGGUGCCUGACCUAGACCCAGCCGAUCCCAACUUCCUCGAAAAUCUCCAUUCCAAGUACUUUCCCAACCUGCCGGCCGACCCAGCCCGCCUAGCCUGGAUGGCCCCCAUACCUACGGCCGAUUCAGUGGCCGACCGUGAAUCUCCUUACUAUCCGGGCCAGGCCACUGUAGCCGUGGCCCAAUUACGCUUUGACUUCCGCGGACAGCUUAUCCCACCGCGCGUCUCGCGCGACAUCCCCGUGUCCAAGGGGCUGCAUCACCACGGCGAGGCGCCUGAGGCCGCCGGCUACACUGUGGGAGAGUUAGCACGGCUAGCACGCAGUGCGGUUCCAGCACAGCGGUGCGUGGCUUUUCAGACACUCGGCCGCAUUCUGUUCCGGUUGGGGCGGGGUGAGUGGGGGGAGUCAGCAGCCGACAUUGACAAGGACCCCCGGUCGGCCGUGGCGCAGGGCAUCUGGCGGUCUGUUAAAGAGGGGCGGGUGAUGGACACGCUGCGCGAGGCUGCGGGCGUCGAGGAGGGUCGUGGGCACCAGGGCAGUCGGGCAUACGCCAUUGAGGCGGUCUGGCUGUUUGAAAAGGGCGGCUGGAAGGAGACCUGGAAGGGCCGAUAA